UCUACAUGUACACCUCGUUCUAUGCUUUGAUGAUCAUGUAAUUUGCCCGCAAGCUACAACGAGCCUCUUAGAUGCUCCUUGUCAUAUCUACGCUCGAAAUUGCAGUCCUGCCUAGCAGGGCUGUACGCUUUGCAUCGCCAAUAACGCGGGCAUCUUUUCAACUUCAUUGCCAAAUCUGCAAUCUUCUACCUACAAAUACAGAUGUCAUCUCUGCUAGUUUACUUGACUUCACCCCUAGACUAUGAUGCGAAAGCAUUGCGACGUGAGUAUACAUAUGAGAAGCAGAUCCAAAUCGACGGCAUUGUACUGUCACAGCUUGCGACUGGUGUUCAAGUUGGCUAUGGUCAGAGUCGGCCGACCCCUGAAUCGAGAUGGCAAUUAUCGCCGACGCCAAUCAAGUUGACAAGUAGCGAUAAGCUGCUUACACGUCUCGUUGUAGGAUGUUGCUCAGGUUUGCCCCUUCUUGUCCAGUCGAGACUCGUGAGGGAGCGCUUGCCGGUGUUUGACAGUGUCGUCAGGGUUGAAAAGCCUUGUUUGCUCAUCAGCAUCAAGCGAUUGCUGCCCCUGAAAACCGCCGAGACCUUCGUCGCAUCUUUACAAGGCCUUCGGUUUCUCCAACAACUAAUCGAAGUAUGUGAAGCUGAUGUAUAUGUUGAGCUUGAUGAAGCAUAUUUGCAAAGUCCCUGAAGCGCUAUGGGCAAGCUCUGUCUACAUCCAGCCUUGCUGGAGUCUGCCUGAUGGACUUAUUCGCACAAGCACAAGUCGAGAAUAUGUAUCUCGCGUCCCAUCUGAG